CUUUCAUCAAUGUUAUUGUACAAUCUACCACCUAAAAUAUCCAUCUCAAAGAGCUAUUGAAAAUACUACCUUUGUCAAUUAUGUCUACAAUGCGACUACAAUCAAAGAGUCCACCUCAGCUACUGAAUACCAUCAUUGACAAUUAUUUUAGUUUAGGUCUGGAUUACAAUCACCUAACUAUGGACAAUCAAACCUCCAGAACAAUCCCUUCUAAGUACGAAAAUAGCUUCUCAAAGCCCUUGUUCGUACGAACUCCAAGAUCGAUUAAUAGAAUUUAGUAUCCAAACUAGUAUAAAGUCCACCCAUGGAAACCGUGAUAGAGAUGAGACCUAGAAAGCAGACCAGAACACCUCAGCUUACAAUCUAACUAUCUAAUUCAGCCGGACUCGAUAUUAGUCAAGUGAAUACUCAUAUUAGAAUCUACCUCAGCUACUAUAUUAUCAAUUCGCCAAUAUGCCUGCAGCAUCAAUGACCUCCGCCGCCAGGCUUAUCUCAAACCCUAACUUCAAGAGUGGCUGGGGAGCAGUGCUCACUCCACAGACUAAUGAGGUAAUUCGCAGUGUAAAGAAGGAAGCCGACGGAAUGUAUCGACUACAAACCGCAAGAGACCGACCUGUUUCUCCAACUUCCAUAUACACGGCAUUGUUCUGGGAGGCACGCAAUUUUAGAAAGCCAACUAUUGUCUAUACGCCCGCCGUUGAUGACGAACUCCAACUUUUCUCAGAGGAAGGUAAGGGCUUUGAUAAGGCUCGGAAGGAAAUUCGCAAAAAGACAUCUGACAACGUCGACGGUUCUAACUUUCACUUUCAUCCGAUAUUUAAUUAUAUGCGUGAUUGCAGAUUCACGCUAUGGCCUAUUCACCUACCCGUCCAAGACGUCUGGGUGACUGUCAUCAUGCAGAUUGGAGACAUCUCCACGAAUGUCCAGGAAUUAUAUACUCGUUUCGACCGAGAAGUGGUUACAUGUGCUAUUGUCGACCCUUUCCCAAAUGAACGCGACGAUCGACAAUACUUUGUUAAGGAAAGGUUGGCAGAAAUCCUAGAAGAGGGCCGCAUCUACUUACCUGACAGCGCCAUGAUCGAAAGUUUUACAACAGAAGACGUGCGCGAGGCAUGGGAAACAGGACAUGUGGCUUACGCUGUAUGCCGAGAAUUCAUUCGCCGACUGAGGGUUCUCAAUUACCAACAGGAUUGCGGCCGUGUUGUGAACACUGACCUACUCUGGACUGAAUUUGAGGAGCACCAUGACAUAGAUUCCUACCGAGAAUCAAUGAUGGCUGCCUGUGCGCAUCGUACCAUUCGAAACUCUGGAUAUCAUGUACGAAUGGCACUCGAGGUUCCUAGUGAAAAGUCGAACUAUAAUCCCGACGAUUUGAAUCCUUUCUUCGAAGACCUACCGGAUGAGUGGUUUACAACAUCCAAGAAAAAGUCAACCAGCAAGUCACAGGCCAAAACUUCCAAGAAAGAUGAGAGUAUCACGGUACGGGCCUCGACUCCUGCGUCGGAGCAUGAGUCAGACAUGUCGCAACUGCAUGACUCGGAAUCGGAUGGGCAUGGCUCGGAAGACGCAGAGGUAGAGGCAGAUGCAGACAUAGAGGCAAACGCAGAGGCGAACGCAGAGAUAGACGCAGAGGUAGACGUAGAGGCAGAGGCAGAGGCAGGUCCAGUAGUCGAAAACGAUGUAUAUACCCCUACGAACCCUGCAUUCGAUGGUCACGACACGCCUGCGGAGAGUCCAGUCCUCGAAAGCAUCGAGGUCGAAGAACCUGAAGAACCUGAAGAACCUCAUGCCCAUGAAGUAGUCGUAACCGACAUUGAUCAAGGUCUUGAAGAACAGGGAAACACUUCCCUAGGUCUCGUCACCCCAGAGCCCUCAAGAGAAGCGACUCCAACUCCGGUUACUGCAAUGCAACCUACUGUUGAAGAUGAAGAAGAGCCUAGCCGUUUACCCACCUUAAAGCGUAAACUGGAUGAUGAUGAUGAUGACGCAGAGCAGCCACCCACAAAGAGGACGAAGAUCGAGGAUUUUGAAUAGAUGGAUAUAGGGACGAGUUUUUGUUUUUGGUGCUCUAUCUCGGAGUAAUGUUUCAAUGCUAAGUUAGACUACCUGUUAGAUAUCCGGCAUUUAGGUACCUGUUAUAUUGUUUGUAUGCCGAGUUUAUGGUCAUGUUUACGCAGAAUCUGGAUAUUUAGAGAAUAUCCAAUGUAAUUAUAAAGCAAACUUCAACUCAA